AUGGGGGUGCUACCAAGCCGGAUCACUUUACCCCUGGUAGCCACCUGUCAGGGGGCUCCCCGAGAAGAUGUGCCUCGGCCUCGACAGGCUCCCCUGCCUAGGGUAAAGACUAAAUUCUUUCUAUUCGACUUGGAGCCGUUUGUCUUCUUACCGGAUCCCCAAGCUUUGAUAUCUCUUAUUGGGACAAUAUUUGCCGCCUACCGCCCCAUCUGGGAUGACUGCCAACAGCUUUUAUGGGUCCUAUUCACUUCAGAGGAACGAGAACAUGUCUGCUCCCAUGGGCGAAAGGCCGUUCUUGGACCUGACGGCCAACCUGCCACCGAUCCUAGACUAGUAGAACAACAUUUCCCAUCUGCUCGCCCAGAUUGGAAUCCCAGUGGAAAUGCAGGUAAGGAGGCUCUCGUUCGGUAUUGCCAGACUCUUCUUGGUGCCAUUAAGGCUGCAGCCUGCAAGCCAACUAAUUUGUCUAAGGUAACUGAAGUCAGUCAGAGGCCGGAUGAGUUUCCGGCAGCGUUCCUUGAGAGCCUCCAAGAGGCUUAUUGUAUGUAUACUCCAACUGAUCUGGAGGCACCAGAAAACAGGCGAGCUCUUAACAUAGUGUUUGUUGCCCAAUCGGCCCCAGACAUUAGGAGGAAGUUACAAAAGUUAGAGGGUUUUGAGGGAAAGGCACUCUCAGAAUUGGUAGAAGUGGCUCAAAAGGUCUUUAAUAACCAGGAGGAUCCCCCGGAACUAAACAAAAGAAUGGCGAAAGGUUUGUUGGCCAUGGGAGAAAAGCCCCCAAAAGGAACAAACAAGUCCAUGACUGGGACCAAAGAUAAAAGACCUUCCCUAGGAAAAAAUCAACUAACAUUCAGGGAGCAACUGGUAAAACUAAGGCCUACCCCAGUCACAGGCGACAUAACGGACCUAGGAAAACAAACUUUGACCCACUCCUUUUUGGUCAUGCCUGAGUGUCCUUACCCACUGCUUGGGAGAGACCUUUUACAUAAGUUACAGGCCCAGAUCUCUUUUGCAGGUGAAAGCCCAACUGUGACUUUUACCAACAGGAUUCAGCCCCCUGCUAUUUUACUUGUCCUCUCACAGAGGGACAUAUACUUACCACAGCCCCUGGGAGCCCCAGAACAAAUGUCUAACCAGCUUCUAGAAAUAUGGAAAUUACAAAUACCUGAAGUUUGGGCGGAGGACAAUCCUCCCGGCUUGGCUUCCCAUCAGCCCCCAAUUGUGGUAGCCCUCCCUCCCACUGCUGUGCCUGUGCGAGUCCGACAGUACCCACUGAGUCAACAAGCUCGGGAGGGCAUAGCUAAACACAUCUCAAGACUGAGACUCUUUGGGAUCCUGGUCACCUGCAAGUCCCCCUGGAACACCCCGCUGCUCCCAGUCCAGAAGCCCGGCACCAAUGACUACUGGCCUGUCCAGGAUCUCUGAGAGGUAAACAGACGGGUGGAAACCCUUCACCCCACUGUACCCAACCCAUACACCCUCCUCAGCCUUCUCCCUCCUGAUAGGACUGUGUAUUCUGUCUUGGAUUUAAAAGAUGCCUUCUUUAGUCUUCCUUUGGCACCGGUCAGUCAACCCAUUUUUGCUUUCGAAUGGACUGACCCGUUAACUGGGGAGUCAGGACACUUAACCUGGACGUGGCUCCCCCAAGGAUUUAAGAAUGCCCCCACCCUGUUUGAUGAGGCUCUAAGCAGAGACCUUCAGGAUUGUCGUGCCUUCCACCCACGGGUGACUGUUCUCCAAUAUGUAGAUGAUGUUUUGGUAGCCGCAGAUACCCAGAAAACAUGCCAAGAGGCAACGGAGGAUCUCCUACGAGAAUUAGCCUGCUUAGGCUACCGGGUCUCCGCUAAGAAGGCACAAUUGUGCCAAACUAAAGUAACAUACUUGGGCUAUGUUAUCGCCGGGGGCACCCGAACGCUCUCUGAUAGCUGCAUUAAGGCCAUCCUAAACAUACCCCCACCCCAGUCCAAGCGACAGAUACGAGAGUUCCUAGGAACUGUGGGGUACUGUAGAAUGGAUUCUGGGGUUCACAGAAAUGGCUCAGCCACUGUACGAGGCCACCAAGGGAGACACAUCUGA